AUGGCGCUCAAGGGCUGUUCCGUCGAGGACGCACCCGAGAAGGUUCCGGAGGGGGCGCCAUUCGCGUUUCGCGUGAGGGCGCAGCAGUGCCCUCGAAACGAUGACAACCCCGGGGCUUCAUGGACACUGCAAGCCAGCACUCGACAAGAGAAGUCCAGGUGGAUGAACGCCAUCCGCGGAGCCGCAGACCGGGAAAUGGACGACGUUUCGCCCCCGGGCUCUCCCCUAAACGCAGAUGAUACAAGUUUUGUUGACGCUGACUCUGGAAUAAGCGGGGGGGGCUACGGGAAGGAGGGAGACGCAAGCAACUCCAGCUCCGGUGCCGAGCAGCACCGUGUUCUGGACAUGCUCCGGAUGUCGGCUGCCGCACAGCGAGGUUUUCAAGAGAGCGACAGCGACAGCGGCGACAGCAGAAACAGUGCUUCUAAAUCGGCCGGGAAGGGAGUUGAUGGAAAGGCAAGCGCGACAAGGGGAUCAGAGAAACGCGCUGCUGGUGGCGUAGGCUUGACUGACGGUGGAGGAGAAUUGGAGUUGCAGUCAUCGAUGGGAUUGGUGGACGCUCCGGUGGAGGACGCCGAAGCGGCAUCUGUCAGAGAACGCAGCGAGGAAUGGGGGCAGGAGGGACGGUCUAAAUCAUGUGUCUUUCAGUAG